AUGGCAGGAGUGGAGCUGCAAAGACGUCUGCUUGACAACGUGAAACUGGUAGAAUCGUGCCAUUCUCCCGAAUUUCUGACCAAAAAUGCUGUCGAAUGUCACUCCGAAACUCCACAUCUGCAGGCACACAAUCACAUCUUCAAUGCUUUGAAGAAGCGGAUUGAGGCAAUCAACGAGGAAACUUGCGAACCUGGUGACGAGAAUUCUUUCUUCGUUUGUGAUAUUGGCGAGAUCGAGAGAUUGUACCGGAACUGGGAAAGAGAACUACCGGGAAUUCAACCUUUCUACGCCGUGAAAUGCAACCCAGAUGUUCAACUUUUACAGAAGAUGGCAUCCCUAGGAGCCAACUUUGACUGUGCGUCCAAGGCGGAGAUUGAAAAAAUCCUAGGCAUGGGUGUCUCACCAGAGAGGAUCAUCUAUGCUAACCCAUGCAAGGCCUCCAGUUUCAUCAGAUACGCCGCCAAGAAGAACGUAUUGAAAUCUACCUUCGACAAUGUCGAGGAGUUGCAUAAGAUCAAGAAAUAUCACCCCGAAUCACAACUUCUUUUGCGGAUCUCCACAGACGACUCGACCGCGCAAUGCCGCUUAUCCACGAAGUACGGAUGUGAAAUGGAAAACGUUGGCCAGCUGCUUGCUGCGGUCAAGAAACUGGGAUUGAACCUAGUAGGAGUUUCGUUCCACGUCGGUUCCGGUGCAUCGGACUUUACCGCCCUACACCAGGCCAUCAAGGACGCGCGUGAAGUCUUCGACCGGGCUCGCGACUUGUAUGGACUCCCCGCCUUGCAGAUCCUUGACGUCGGCGGCGGAUUCCAGCUGGAAUCGUUCAGCGAGAGUAGCUUUGUGCUCAGAGAGGCCAUCAAGCAGUUCUUUCCUCGCGAGACCUUCCAAGAUCUGAGCAUCAUCGCAGAGCCCGGCCGCUAUUUCGCCGCCACAGCAUUCACACUCGCCGCCAACGUAAUAGCCAAGAGGACGCUCAAUGAGCGAGAAUCCAUGAUAUACAUCAAUGACGGAGUCUACGGCAACAUGAACUGCAUCCUCUUCGACCACCAAGAACCCACACCCCGCACUCUUUUCCACAAUAACGAGUUCCACUACCACGACCUAGACUCGGCCUCCAAGCAAAACUCCGGCUCCAAGCACAAGGUAUCGAUCUGGGGCCCCACCUGCGACGGGCUCGAUUGCAUUACAAAAGAAUACUACAUGAAACACGACCUCAUCGCGGGAGACUGGCUAUACUUCCCCAACCUCGGCGCAUACACCUCCUCCGCCGCCACACCCUUCAAUGGCUUCGAACAGAGCGUCGACACCAUCUACAUCGACUCUUCCAACCAGUAA